GUGAGAUGGAGGGGACGCGGUGCGGCUUACUCCGCGGCACCGCGGGUUUGUCGUGAGUGUGGGGAAAGCCGAGCGCGCGGAACGGGCAAAAGGCACUUGAUUUCCCAGUGGCGGCGCCUCAUCCCAAUCCCCCUUGAUCGUUAUCUUUACCUCUACCGUCUUCUAUUUUUUCACCGCAAUGCAUUAUGCUGUAAUCCAUCAGCUGGCAUAUUGGUCCUCUUAGGCAGUAUGCAGCCCGCCGUGUUAUUUGACAAAGUAUGUGGACAUCACCAAUCCGCAUCUCCAGAGCCAGCAUUCGGCCUCUUGCUCCAGCACCAACCAUCAUCAACCGCCGCCUCUUUUACGAAUACUUUGUGACCCAUCUCCCCACCUCCUCCGUCCACCCCGAUGCGCGAUCCAUCGCCGGGCCUGGCCCCAGGCUCCUCAGCGAACAAUCUCUACCUUAUGGGCCCAAGGACACCAACCGGUCGCCGGCGGCAGUGCCCUCGCUGGGCGCGUCGCGCGACAUGACCGUCGUACGCAUCCCUCUCAAGAGCGCAAAGCAUCAUUUUGGUGUCUCGAUAUCUCGAGGCACACGACCAUACAACGAAGACGCAUACCAAGCUGGCACCAUCGAGCUGCCAGCAUUCGCAAAGCGACGACCGAUAUCCCUCACACACACGGGGAAGUCGAGAGAGAACCCCAAUGCGGACAGCGCAAAGGGUGAUCCUCAGGUCUUCUACUACGGAGUCUUCGACGGACAUGGCGGCAACGAAUGCAGCGAGUUCUUGCGCGAACGACUGCACCAAUACCUGGAGGAUAGUGCGAGGAGCUUUGAGCUCAAGAGCAGCCUUCAGAAGGCCAAACCGGGCUUCGGAAACCCAGGAAAUACACCUGAUAAACAGCCUGGGGCCGUUACGAAUCCCAGAAGAGAGCAGGAGAGUCUGAACUCAAUUGAAACGCACACACCUUCGGAUGUGGAACCUGCUAAGGUCCCAGAAUCCAACACAGACGACGCACCAAGUGCACGCAAAGAUUCGACACCUCCCCCCGAGGGCGAGGAACCGAUACCCCAAUCAGAGAAUAUCCGGAGAGCUGAAGACUUGGAGCGAGGCAUUGUCACUGCUUGGAAAGAGCUAGUCGGCGGAUACUACAAACGCUUCAAACCCGAGUUCUUUUCUACAGCGGCUGGCGGUCAAGGCCACCCAUCCGAAAAGGAAGUUGUGGAACGCCGUCAACUGCAACAUUCUGGCAUUUCUGAUGAUGUCACCGAGGGAGUUGGCAUUGAGACAGUUCUCACUUAUGCAUUCCUCAAAGCCGACUUUGAUUUUGUGUCGGCACAAGUCAACAAAAAGGAGGAGGAUGCGGUGCUGGCAGAUCGUGCUCUCAACGAAGCAGACAUCUUGGAUCGUCCUUCACAGAGGGGCAUUGGUGGUCCGAAGCGCUUCAAGGGUGGCAGCACGUGCAGCAUCGCGUUGGUCUCGACGCCCACGCCUACGCCGUACUGGAGCCCAGAGUCACACUCGACAGUGGUCACUGCACACGUUGGUGAUACUCGGAUCCUCCUUUGCGACACGGCAACCGGGCAGGCCGUUCCACUUACCUCAAACCACCAUCCGUCCCUGCCGUCCGAAGCCGCGCGUCUCAGGCGAUAUGCGGCGACGUUUGUGACCGACUCUUUCGGCGAGGAACGCAUGUCUGGACUGGCCAACACGCGUUCGUUUGGCGACAUGGGCUCGAAGCGGAUCGGAGUCUCAGCGGAGCCUGAAGUGCGACGGAUCGAGUUGUCGCCGGCCGAGUUCUCGUUCAUGGUAAUGAUCUCGGACGGCAUCUCCGGGCCGCUCAGCGACCAGGAGAUCGUGGACAUAGUCAAGGAGGCGAAGACGCCGGAACAGGGCUCGCGGGACGUGGUCAGCUUUGCGACGGAAAUGGCACGAGACGCGGACAACGCGACAGCGCUGGUGGUGCGGCUGGGGGGAUGGGAGCGGCGCAGCGAGGGAGGACUUGGCAGCCUGGGCACCAAAGAGCUGCGGGAUUGGCGGCGGAAGGAGGCUGAGGACCCUCGCAGCGGACGACGGUGAAUGGUAACAGGCUGGUCGUAAAUAAUAAUGUACGUACUGGGGGCCGUGCAUGUCAGGUACAAAUGCGAAAUUAAUGGCCGCGUUGCGCUUCGCGAUGACGGCGCUCCACUUGGGCGAAAAAA